UCCUAAAUUACAAAAACGUCAACUUCAUUUUUACUAUAUUCAUCUCUACUAUAAUGUCAAUAACUAUCAUUGGUCUCCAUCUUCCAAUUUUAUUGGCUUAUCUAUAAACACCACUUUUGAUAUUACUAUGGAUCAAACUCUAACCGUCACUACCAACUUCAAACUACCAUUAUUUGCAUUUUUGUUGAAAUAAUUUGUAACUUAUGGUGAGAACAAGAAAACAAAAGAAAGCAAAAUCCUCUCUUUGUACUUUUCAGAUCACAUCAUCUUUUAUUUAUCCCCUGGAGAAGAGGGAAAUUAGAUCUACCAAUACCACGUGCUGCACGUGGUAACAGAUCUGCUACUCUCAAUUCCCUACUCUCACUACAAAAACAAAGCUCUGUCAUCCCAAUCUCUCAGAAGCCCAUGGACGCCCAUCAAGCUUCGGAUCCAACCACCACUACCAUUUUGAUGUUUCCAUGGCUUCGCUAUGGCCAUCUCUCUGCUUACUUGGAGCUGUCCAAAGCUCUCUCUAGCAGGAAAAACUUCCUCAUCUAUUUCUGUUCAACUCCUGUUAAUCUUGACUCCAUUAAACCAAAGCUUAUUCCUUCUCCUUCCAUUCAAUUUGUGGAGCUUCAUCUCCCUUCUUCUCCUGAAUUUCCUCCCCAUCUUCACACAACCAAAGCCCUCCCCCUUCACCUUACGCCCGCCCUCCACCAAGCCUUCGCUGCCGCCGCCCCACUCUUUGAGACAAUUUUAAAAACACUUUCUCCCCAUCUCCUCAUUUAUGACUGUUUCCAGUCUUGGGCUCCUCGCUUAGCUUCCUCCCUUAACAUUCCCGCCAUCAAUUUCAACACCUCUGGCGCUUCAAUCAUUUCUUAUGCCUUUCACUCAAUUCACCGCCCCGGUUCUAAAUUCCCAAUCUCAGAUUUUGUACUUCACAAUCAUUGGAAUUCCAAGUACAACUCUACCCUUCGAGAACACGCCCACUGCGUCAAAGAAGCUUUUUUCGAAUGCCUUAAUACAUCUCGCGAUGUAAUUCUUACUAAUAGCUUCAAAGAGGUGGAGGGAGAAUACAUGGAUUAUAUCUCCCUUCUAUCAAAAAAGAAAGUAAUCCCAGUUGGGCCAUUGGUGUACGAACCAAAUGAGAAGGAUGAAGAAGAUGAAGAUUAUUCAAGAAUCAAGAAUUGGCUGGACAAAAAGGAAGCUCUGUCAACGGUUCUGGCGUCAUUGGGAAGCGAAAGCUACGCGUCGGAGGAAGAAAAGGAAGAAAUAGUAAAAGGGUUAGUAGAAAGUGGGGCAAAUUUCAUAUGGGUUGAAAGGAUUAAUCAAAAAGGAGACGAAGAACAACAAAUCAAGAGAAGGGAAUUGCUGGAGAAGGGUGGAGAAAGAGCAAUGGUAGUGAAAGGAUGGGCUCCACAGGGGAAGAUACUGAAGCAUGGAAGCAUUGGGGGAUUUGUAAGCCAUUGUGGAUGGAACUCUGUUUUGGAAAGUACUGUGUCUGGCGUUCCCAUAAUCGGAGUUCCGUUGUUCGGAGAUCAACCAUUUAACGCCGGAGUAGUGGAAGAAGCAGGGAUCGGAGUGGAGGCCAAACGAGAUCAUGACGGCAAAAUUCAAAGACAAGAAGUUGCAAAACUGAUCAAAGAAGUAGUGGUUGAAAAAAGCAGAGAAGAAAUAAGGAUGAGAGUAAGAGAAAUGAGUGAGAUUGUGAAGAGGAGAGGCGAUGAGAAGAUCGAGGAGUUGCUAACUCAAAUCUCUCGCCUCUCUAACAUUUCAUAAACAUCUCAUGGAAUCAUAGUGAUAAUUUCAUCUUUGAAUUAAUCGCAAUAAAAAAUAAUUUUAAAUUAAUAAAAAAUUUAUAAUCCA